UUACCAUGGUGACAGAAGCAGCUAGCUUGCUGCUAGCGUCGUAAACGGCUCAUCGUUUGAGCUAACUCGAUGUUUCUUACUCGAUAGCAAACAUCAUUUGAAAUACUUUUCGUGUUGUUUCUCCCUUAAAAUAUACUUGGCAGACGCCCUACAAUGAAACGAAAAUGAAGGAUGGGCAAGACAUGCAAGGUGACCAGUGCCUGAACGUCAGGUGAAUGACAAUCCGCUGAUGGAGAUGUGCCGCCACCGACCAUGAAGAAAAUAUUCAACUUCAAGAAGAAGAAGGGCUCCCCGAGUCCCUCUGAGACGGCGAGCGUGCUUUCGGCCAGCUACGACGUCAAGGAGAAAGACCUCGGGAAGGUCCACAAGGCUGCAUUCAGCGGAGAUGUGGCCAAACUCAGACAGCUGGCCAAGAAGAAUGAUUUAAAUCAGCUGGAUAAGGAAAACAGAACUGCGCUGCACAUCGCUUGUUCCUGCGGACACACAGAUGUCGUUCAGUUUUUGGUGGAGAGCAAAGUGAAGCUAAACUUAUGUGACAAUCAGAAUCGCUCCGCCUUGAUGAAGGCGGUUCAGUGUGAGCAAGACCGCUCGGUGUCUUUGCUCCUGGAACAUGAGGCUGACCCCAAUCUGGUGGACAUCAAUGGAAACACGGCACUGCACCUGGCCGCCCGCAUCCCCUCCCUACCUGUGGCGCUGCAGCUCCUAGAGCACUCGGCCAACAUCAAUGCACAGAACAAGGAUGGCAACACUCCACUGAUGCUGGCUGUGAUGGAAAACCACACAGACAUGACAGAGCUUCUACUGAAAGAGGGAGCAGAUGUUAAUGUCAAGAACCAGGAGCAACGGUCUGCAUUGAUGAUAGUGGCGUGCAAUGGACAAAUCAGCAUGGUGCGUUUGCUCCUGCAGUAUGAUGCUGACAUCAUGGUGAAAGAUGAUAAGGGAUGGUCUUCUGAUGAUUAUGCCGUCAUGAAUGGACACCACGCAUGUUCACAUCUGAUCAUUGAGCAUGGGACAAAGAGAAGAUCCCUUCAGUCACCUUCCCAUUUUACCGCAAGCAAAAAGAAACAGACGUCCGUCCUCAGCAGUCCAGGCGGUAUUGUGGCCGGUUUGCCCUUAGGAGGGCCAGCUCUAGAUAAAGAUGCAGCAGGAGGCAGCUCUGCAGUAGCAGGGAAAGAUACAGAGGACAUUUCCCACACAGACUCCAUCAGCAGAGCAUCAAAAAGUGGUGCUGCUGAUUCCUGGCCUUCAUCAGACGAUGAUGACGAGUUAGAUUUGAGCCCAAAGAAACAGAAAGUAAAUUUAAAGAAACUCAUAAGCACCUCGAAAAGGGAAAAAAUAGAAGUCAUAGCAGAUCGGGAUGCAGACAAAUCCUGGAGCGGGUCAGAGUCAGAACUGGACAGUGAGGAUAAGGGUUUAAACCGACCACCUCUGUCCAGACCAAUCCCCUCCAGCAGUACCUCCCUCCAACCCCCUGUAGCAACCCCACCUGCCUCUUUACCCCACCCACCCCAGAUGAGCUCCACCCCCUUCAGCAGCACCCAUAAGGAAGAGGCAUCCACAGAGGAUGAGGAAGAGGAGGAUUUAGAAGAAGAGGAGGAUGAGGGGGAAGAACUGGAGGAAAUGUGUGAAAAGUCUAAUGUUCCUCAAAAUGGUGGCACUAGCAAAGACCAGCGAAGAGAUUUCCUUUCCGAAUUGGGGCUCGAAAAAGAUGAAAAUGACGACUCUCCCUGGGAUUCAGAGUCUGGUUCUGAGAGCCCACGGAAAAAGCAGGCAAGUGGUCUACAAACUCCUGCCAAAUCACAUAAAUCCAUGUCUAGUAUUUGUGAGGAGAACACUGAAGACUUCUUAUACGUUCCCUCCUUCGUAAGAGGAGGGAGGGAGGUUAAUUUAUUGAGAAGUAUAGGCCAGCCAGGAGGCUGCAGGCCGAUGGUUUUAAGAAAUGACGAGGAUGAUGUAGAAGAGAAGGAAACUGAAAUACCACCCAAAGUGAUCAAAAGAGAGCCAGUGUCUGUUGUUAGUAAGCUGAUGGAUUCAAAAGAAGCCAAUAAGAAAACAGACCUAAUGGAAGAACUUGGUUUGGGGGAUGCUGAUGAUCUCGAAGAUGCGUCAGACUGGGACUCCGCCAGCACCACAAGUAAGGCCAGUAAGAACUUCCCAGUUCAGAAGCUGGAGGAGGAACCGGUCUUUGAAAGCCCAGCAUCUUCUGCAUUACCCAUAACACCCCAGCAGCAGUUAGUGGACACCAGGGAACAUGAAGAAGCCAGUCCAGAGAGAAACAAACCCACAACCUCAAGCACACAACCACUUCCUAGUCCACGAUCUCUCAAUCCAAACAGCAGCUCAAAGCCACGACCACUGCCACGACUGCGCUUGGACUCGAAUCAGAGGCCCGAGAGUGAAGAAUCAGACUGGGAUACAGACACCUCCAGUCCAGCCAAGACAACAAAUUCACUGCCAAACGUCACUGAGCCCAACUCGGUUCAUCAGCAGGAACCCAAAGCUGAAGAUGAUGAGAGUGAAAACAGGUCUGACGCAAGCGAAAAUGCAGAUGAGGCAAGAGAGGCAUUACAAACGUCUCCUGUAAACAUAAAUAAGCCGUUGAAGCUCCCAACCUCUCCUAGAGAGGACGAAGAAGAUGAGAUUCCCUGGGAGGAACGCUAUGAGAAAAUCUGGGUGGAGACCGAAAAAAAGGAGACCAAGUCCCAAUACAAAAAUGUGGCCGCUGAACUAAAAGAGAAGUUCGGAGAACUGGAGCACAAGGAGCCGGGUGAGCUUUUGGAGCAGGGAUUGAAACAAGCACACCAGAGAGAUGAAGAGGAAAUAAAAGAGCUGGAAAAGGAAGCGGAUGAGGAUGAUUCCAGUGAGGAAGAGGGAGAGCCAAUAGUGCGGCCCACCGCCCGAGCGAGAAGCGCCAUACUCUUGCCCAUCCCUGAGCAGAGAGAGUCAGGUCUGGAGGACUCGCAGUCCGAAAGCGUCCACCGCACGGUUAGUGUUGAGGUCAGCGAUGCAGAGCUUCCCAGUGAUCAACACAACACUCAAAUCAUCCCAGAAUCCCUUACGGUCGAGGCCCAGCAGCCAGAGCACCGAGCAGAUGGGGCUAAUAGUGAAAACUAUCAACCUCACAGACCCCCAUUACUUGCUGAGAAUGAGCUGAAAGUCCCACCUAAACCUCUAGAAGUGCUUUCUUCUGACUCCGAUGAGGUUGACGAGGGCCCGUGGAAGUCCAGAGUUGAGGGUGGAAAGGAGCAGACCGAUGUUAUGAGGGGAGAACACCAGCCCAGUGCUUUAUGGGAUUCUGGAGGAUCCAGAGGACGAGCUGAACUUGACCAGGGAAAAGGGAAGAAAACUGACACCAACUCUGGAAACCCAAAACCUCAACCGGACGGGAUGUCUGACGGCAGGUGUUUGGGAAGAGAGGGUAGUGUUUCACCGAGACAUCUGUCAAGAAGUCCGAGAAGGACACCACCACAUGGUGAGGAGGAGGAAAAGAAAACUGUAGGUAGCCAAGCGAGAAAUCUCUGUGUAGCUCCGCCGCUUCAGGGAAAACGGCCUGCGACCCGCCUUAACGGAGACCUCGAGUCUGUGUUUGACGAUAGUACUUUAAGUGAGCUGUCGGAGGAGGACAGGAGGUCUCCGUCUUCAAGGCGUAAGAAAGAGCAGGUGAAUUUCUUUCUUGAUAAGAGCACUGGCGAGCUGGAGAUGGCGGAUGAUUUUGAAGAUCUCACCCAGUCUUCUGACACAGCCACGGAAGAGCUGGAGACUCCAGUAUCUGGAUACCGCAACGCAUCUCUGCUUUUCAAACAGCUCGACUCGACCUAUAUGGACUCGGUGAGCGUAGUGAAACUACAAAACAUGUUUCAUGAGUAUGAGCGCACAAUCCAGAGGGAGAGAGACAGGCACAGUCGUCUGGCGGAUAAAACCUCUCAGCUGGAGCAAGAACGCAACGAGCUCAAGAUCCUGCUGGAUGAGAUCAGAGGCAGCAAGUCCAGCCUAGAACAUCUCAGACUGGAGCUGGAGACCGACAUGAACAAUCUCAAAUUCCUUUUGAGACAGGAACAGGAAAAGCAUCAGAGCGCCCUCAUGCUGUAUAAUAAAACCCGUGAGCAGCUACAGAGGAAAGAGGAGCAGCAGCGGGCCGAGGCUGACGAGCGCCACAAAGCCGAGCUGAAAGUCCGAAGUCUGGAUCUGGAGAUCAGAGCCCUGAAGAACAGCAUCAAACAGCUUGAGGAGGAUAGAGACGAGUCUCAACGUCUCCUGUCUCAUGAGCGCAGUGCUCGCGCCCUACACGAGGAGUUGCUCAACAACCACCUGCGCAAGCAGCAGGACAUUGAGGAGGAGAACCUCCGAAACCUCAACAAGAGCAACGAGGCCAUGUCCCAGCUAACAGAGGCGUCGGACCGCGAGCGGGAGUUGAUGCAGCAAAACCGAGCCCUUCAGGAUGAGCUGAACGGCUCUCGGGCCGAGCUGGACCGCUUGCAGUGUCACAGCCGGCAGGAAGAGUCACGGCUGGCGGAGGAGAGAGACGCUCUGCGCGAGAGACUGGAGGACACGCGUAGGGACAUGAAACUGAGCGAGGAGGCCUUGGCCCAGACCGUGUUCCAGUACAACGGGCAGCUCGGCGCGCUGAAGGCCGAAUGCUCAGCGAUCACAGCUAAACUGGAGCACGAGAGGCAGGCGAGGCAGCAACUGGAGGCCGAGGCCGAGGCGAGCAGGGCGCGACUGCAGGGGGCGCUGCAGGAGGCCGAGAGAUGUCAGGCGUCCCGCACAGACGCAGAGCGCACGCUCCAGCGAGACCGUGAGGAGCAUCAGCGCACGCAGGAAAAACACAUCUUUGAGGCCAGCAGCCAGCGGGACACCAUCCAGUCCCUCUCCCAGAAACUCAGCAAGGCCGAGGCGCGCGCCAACAGCCUGGAGAACGAGUGUCAUCGCAACUCUCUGACCAUCGCGGAGAAGGCCGUGCUGUUGGAGACUCUGGCCCGGGAGAAAGACCAGGCCCAGGCCAAACUCAAAGAACAGGAGGCCACGGCACUGAGCGAACGGGAGAUGUCGAGCCGUGCCGCGGCCAAACUGGAAGCCGUGCAGGAGCGUCUGGCCCAGGCUCAGAGCGAGGCUGCGCUGCUACGACAGCAGCUGGAGGAGGCGCUCAACAAGGGCUCGGCCAAGGACAAAGCUGUAACGGAUGUGCAUCAAAACUUCGCCGAAAUGCUGAACCAGUUACGUGCAGACGGAGAGGAGCGAGUCCAACUGGUGGAGGAGAGGAGCAAAGAGCUGGCCAGGACCAAUGGCGAGCUGAGAGAGCACAACUACAAGCUAGAGCAGGAGAAAGCUGACAGAGAGACCUCUCUUCGACAGCUGCAGCAGGAACUGGCCGACAGUCUGAAGAAGUUGUCCAUGUGUGAGGCCUCUCUGGAGGUCAACACGCGGUACCGAAACGACCUUGAGGAAGAGAAGGCGCGCACGCUCAAGGACAUGGACCGAUUGAAGGCCAAGCUGCAGGAGUCUGAAGAAGUGUACGUCCAGGCCGAGAGACGCAUCAGCCACCUGAAGAGCUCUCUGGACGAUAAGGAGCGAGAAGCCUGCAGUACCGCUCAGAAACUAGAGGAGGCGCUGUCUGCUUCUACAGGCAAAGAGCAAACCAUUCGACAGCUGGAGGAGGCGGUGCAGAGGUUAGAGAUCGAGAAUGCCAGACUGGAGGCCACGACCAAACAGCAGAGCAACCGCAUCGAAGCGCUACAGAAGGGCGUUCAGGACGGGGCUGUGCUAGCAGGCUCAUCACCUGGAGAAGGGGUCAGGAAUCGUUUGGAAGAUCUCGUCACAAACCUGCAGAGCAGUAAGAUGACGCUAGAAGAACAACUCAACCGAGAGGUGCAGAAGCAGAGUGUGCUAUCCCAUAAUGCCCAGGACUCACAAACUCUGUGGGAGGAGGAGCUAAAGGGCCGCUCACGACUGGGACUCCGCCUCUCUGAGCUGGAGAGAGAGAAAGGAGAACUGACCAAUCAGGUGGAGCUCGAGAAGAAAAAGGCCAAAAAACUAGCCGAGCAUAAGAAGUCUGUGGACACGCGUUUGGAGCAGGAGAUGAAGAGAAACACAGACCUUCAGAAAGAAAUGUACAGGUUGAAGACUCUGUUGAAGACGGCUAAGAAACAUCUGCGUGAACAGGGCGCUGGACAGCUGGACUCUCCUCUGGUCAGCUUCAGAGCAGACGCGAGCCACCGCCUGGAGGCAGAGAGCGCUUCCAGCAGAAUGAAGACUCGGAUGGACGAGCUCCAGUCUCAGUACGAGCGCGAGGCGUCUCGCUGCUCCCGGCUGGAGGAGGUGAACCGGCAGCUGAAGGAGAAGCUGUCGUCUGUGAAGAGCCUGAGCCGAAGCCACGAGCAGACGGAGCGCAGCAGGAGGCAGCUGGAGGAGGAGGUGGCCGGUCUGCGCAGGCAGCUGGAGGCCGGAGUGAUGGACCAGAGCCAGGCCGAGCAGUACCGCAGGGAGACCGAGGAGAGAGCCCGACACGAGAUCCGACACAAGCUGGAGGAGGUCAACCUCUUCCUGCAGACGCAGGCGGCGUCCCAGGAGGCUCUGGAGCAGAUGAAAGCUGUGAAUGAGGCCAGUCAGCGCGCUCAGCUGGAGCAGCGCAUCAAGGAUCUGGAGGGAGAGGUCAGUCGCACACGCAGCGUCCAGCAGGACAGUCUGGCUCAGAGAGACUCCAGUCGCACCGAGCUGGAGCGCUACAGACAGCUGUACAGCGAAGAGCUGCGCCUGCGCAAGAGUCUCGCCUCCAAACUGGAGAGGUCAAACGAGCGGUUAGCGGAGGCCAACACUAAACUCCUGAGCGAGAGGCAGCGCAGCAAGUCUCUGCUCACCAGCAGUUUGGUGAACGGCAGUCUGGGAGGCCCCGCCCUCGAUGUGGCGUCUCUGGGGGCGUACGGAGCCUCUCUGGGGCCCCUGAACAGGAGUCUGGGCCUGGGGAGCCCUCUGCUGGGGACGGUAGGAGAAUCCCAGAGCAACCGCGUCGAGGCCUACCUGGCGAAGAUGCAGACAGAGCUGGAGAAGAAUAUCUCGAAGGAGCUGGACUACGUGACCGGAGAGCUGGAAGGAGGUUCUGCCCGUUUGUCUCCUGUAGGUUCGGCCUCCGGCUCUCCAAACCUGAACCUCAGCGUGACCCCAGAGCAGACGGACCCCGUGAGCAGAGCCACUCAACAAUAUCUGGAGGUGCUCAAGAAGAACUACAUGAUCUGAACACACAGUCACAAACCCAGACACUAAUGAGGGUGCCUCCCUAAAGGCCUAUCGAUUGACGACAGUAGUUUGUUUACUAAAGCUGGUGUGUGGCACCUCCAUACGGCCAUUAAUGCACAAUUAUAUGGCGCAUUAAAAGUAGAAUAUGUUUAUCCCUGUAGCGUCAGGCUGGUUCCUGCCGGUUGGGAAUAAUGCAGUCUUAAGAUACGCAACUAUUUUUAAAGUAAAACUAAAACACAACCACUGAAAGGGCCAACGUUUCAACACUACAAUCAGUUUGUGAUCUUUACCCGAGUCUUUACUUUUGUGCCUCAGGAGCAAAUGAACUGUGUGUUUAUGUCAUUGUUGAAGCCAUGUGAAGUGCAGCUUUCAGUGUUGCAUCCCCCUUACGAAGAUCUUUGUGGCUUCCAUGUUUGUGGUUUUUAGUUGACUAGUAUGAAAGUCGAUGCAUAGUAUGAAAAAAAAAGUAUUUGUACCGUUAAUAUUAUCGCCAAGUGAUGACAAUGGUACGUUCUCCACUAUCGUGCAAUAUACUCGUUUUAAUAUCGAAUGACGAAACUCUCAUUUGGAGAUGUUUUUUGGGAAAUGAACGCUAUACUUGAAUGAGACGCGACUAGACGAUGAUCUGGAGUGUGACGUGUCGCCGCUUCUCUGUGCUCAGGGUGGAUCGUUUCAACGUAUGAGCGAAUCUCACAACUUAAUGUACGGAGUCAUAUUUCAGAUGUUAAUAAAAUAUGCGCAAUUUGUUUUG